UUUCUAUCAUUCUUGAACUGUCAAACAAAAUUAUUACGAUAAUAGGAAAAAAAUACAAUCAAACAAUGAUAAAAUGGAGAUAUUCUUAAGAUUUGUACCAUUAAGACCAAUAAGAUUAACUGCUUCUAGAGUGCUAGUAUCUCAAGUCGCUCAUUACACUAGAUUGGCUGAAGUAGGUAAAUUAGAAGCACCAAAGUCUUCUGGAAAAUAUGACACUGGGCAGUUGAUUUUGCACAAAGUGUUUGGAUAUAGAGGUGUGAUUCUGUUUCCUUGGUUAGCGAGAGUGUACGACCGAGAUGCAACCAAUAAGAAAGAGAACACUGAACCAGCCAGUACUACCGACACGUCUGGAGAUUCCCUGUCCAACGUGGGCAAAGAGGUCAAAGGCAGGACCCACACAUUCUACCAAGUCCUGAUUGACACAAGAGAUGCGCCUUACAUACGCGCGCAAACAGAGGCGGUGACGUUCCUGGGAAACCAGGAGUCCAGUCGCAGCCUCUACGCCAUCCCGGGGCUGGACUACGUGGCGCACGACGACAUCAUACCCUACACGUCGGUGGAGAGGGUCCCGCUGCAGCACGAGCUGUUUGACAAGUUCCUUAUGCACAAUCCUGAUAAAGAUCCACCAUUCAUAGCUCAAGAGACGCUUCGGGCCUGGCAGAAGAAGAACCAUCCGUGGCUCGAACUCAGUGACGUACACCGCGAGACGACCGAGGGUGUGCGUGUCACCGUCAUCCCCUUCUACAUGGGCAGCCGCGAGUCGCAGAACUCCGCCGUCUACUGGUGGCGGUACUGCAUCCGUCUGGAGAACCUGGGCGCGCAGGCGGUGCAACUGCGGGAACGACACUGGCGCAUCUUCUCGCUGAGCGGCACGCUGGAGACGGUGCGCGGGCGCGGCGUGGUGGGGCAGGAGCCCGUGCUGGCGCGCCACUCGCCCGCCUUCCAGUACAGCAGCCACGUCAGCCUGCAGGCGCCUAGCGGACACAUGUGGGGAACGUUCCGCAUGGAGCGCGAAGACGGCUACACAUUCGACUGUCGCAUCCCGCCUUUCUCGCUCGAAAGCAAGCCUGACGAGGGCGUCACGCCGGCGCCGACGCCUGCCGCGUGACCGCCGCCCCUUACUGCAGUGGGACCGCCCCUUCUAGCCACGUGACAGACCUUCCAGACACGUGACUGCCCCUCCCAGUCAUGUGACCGAAACCGCCCCUCUUCUGAUUCAUUCGCCCGCAAGUUAAGCCCCGCGCCCACUGGCUGGAUAAGGGAUUUU